GCCUCGGUACCAAUUUACAUAUGGAAGGCAUAUCCCGCUGUCUUAGAGGGUCUGGGAAUCUCAUUGAUGUGAUAGAACUUAAUUUACUUUUUCUUUUCUUUGUAUGAUUACGCUGUAAUACUACAUCACUAUAGUCAGAACAAGUUUACGUACAAAGUGUUUAAUCAUAUAUAUACGUCUUAUGCCGGAAGUAACGUGGACCAAUCAACACUCGACAGCACACACGAGCACUUCCACGACUGCGAGUACUGUGUUGGCACACAUAUCAGCGUGGAAAAAUGAAGACCGUGGUUGCAGUUCUUGCGUUUGUGACUGCUACUUUAGCAAGCGAUGUUUUAGAGUUGACGGACUCAGACUUUUCAACAAAAGUUGCUGAACAUGAACUCAUAUUAGUUGAAUUUUUUGCACCAUGGUGUGGACAUUGUAAGAGACUAGCUCCAGAGUAUGAGAGAGCGGCGACCAGUCUUAAGGACAAUGAUCCUCCAGUGCCCCUUGCAAAGGUUGACUGUACAGCUAGCGAGGAGACCUGCAAAAAAUACGGAGUGAGUGGAUAUCCUACGCUGAAAAUCUUUAGGGCAGGAGAAUUCUCUGAGGAAUAUGGAGGACCAAGAGAAGCAGAUGGCAUUAUUAAAUAUAUGCAAACAAGAGCUGGUCCAACAUCUAAAGAGCUGAAUGAAGUUGCUGAUGCUGAAAAAUUCCUCUCGAAGUCAGAAUAUGGAGUUAUAGGAUUCUUUGAAGAUGGUGAAAGUGAGUUAGCUAAAACAUUCCAAAAGACAGCUGAUGCCAUGAGCACAGAUGUACGCUUUGCUCACACUACUAGCAAAGCAGUGCAAGAUAAAUAUGGAUUCAAAAAUGAUAUUGUGUUAUUCCAACCCAAGAGACUUCAUAGCAAGUUUGAGGAUUCUAAAAUCAAAUACAGUGAUGAUGCAACAGUGUAUAAAAUCAAAGACUGGCUCAAUAGCAACCUUUUGGGACUCUGUGGACACAGAACACAGGGCAAUGCUGAAAAAUUCAAGAAACCAUUGGUUGUGGCUUUUUAUGAUGUGGAUUAUGUCAAGAAUGAAAAGGGAACAAAUUACUGGAGAAACAGAGUGAUGAAAGUCGCCAAGAAGAUAAAAGGCGAGGGGAAGAGUGUUUACUUUGCUGUGAGCAGCCACAAGGAUUUCAGUUACGAGCUUGGAGAGUAUGGAAUGGGAGAUGUCAGUGGAGACAAGCCUGUGAUAGCUGCCCGGGAUGAGAGAGACAGAAAAUAUAUCAUGUCUGAUGAAUUUUCAAUGGACAACCUGGAAAAGUUUGUUCGUGACUUUUUGGAUGAUAAGGUUGAACCCUACCUGAAAUCUGAAACAGUGCCAGAAGAUAAUGAUGGUCCUGUAAAAGUUGUUGUAGCCAAGAACUUUGAUGAGAUAGUGAAUGACCCUGAUCGGGAUGUUCUCAUUGAAUUUUAUGCUCCUUGGUGUGGACAUUGUAAACAAUUAGAACCUAAAUUUACAGAACUAGGAGAAAAGCUUGCUGAUGAGAGUGGUGUAACCAUAGCUAAAAUGGAUGCUACUGCUAAUGAUGUAGCGAAACCAUAUGAAGUCUCAGGGUUUCCAACAAUUUAUUUUGCACCAAAGGGAUCCAAAAAUAGUCCUAAAAAAUAUUCUGGUGGAAGAGAAGUGGAUGACUUCCUCAAAUAUCUAGCCAAAGAAUCUACUGAGGAACUGGAAGGAUACAAGCGUGAUGGCAAAAAGAAGAAGAAGAAGACCGAAUUAUAAAUGAAAGGCGAGCUAGAGUUGUAUGUUGAGUGCAUGACUAUAAUGAGCAAAUGUGUUGAGAAAAUGGGCAUAUCUGAUGCGGUGUUAUAAUAGUUCAUUAUCAUAUAUCACAGAGGCAUGUUAGACAUUUGGGGUUUUGUUAGACACAGGUUAAAUUAUUUCUGCUGUUUGGUAGUUAAAAAUUCCUGAAAUUUUCUCUAUUAUAUAUAUUUUGUUAUGCGAGUCACAAAGCUUUAUAUAGAAUCAAAAUUAAGUUUGUGAAGACCAUGUUGAUGUUUGUGUGACGGUAUUUGUUGAUUUGUAUUUAUUUUGCUACAAGGACAAAUUAUGAUGAUGACUAAUGAGUGAUUGUUACAUUAACUUUUAAGUAUGAAUUUAUGUGUUUAUACUACACAAAUUAUGCAUGUACUUCAAGUGGUGCCUAGUUUCCCAGUAAAAAGAAGUGCUCCAAAAGUAAAUGUACUGCAAGGCAACUUUUGGUUUUGUGUCUAACCAAAGAAAUUUUAAUUAUGUUCCUUAUUUUUAGAAUUUUUUUUUUUUCAAAAUGUGGGAAACAAUUAAGGAAAUAAAUUCAUUUUUUUA